AUGGCACCGAAAUUUGCCUACGUUACCUUUACCGAUAGCGAGUGGGAAAUAGUGCCUGUGAGCAGAGUUUUUCUUGACAAAAAAAAGACUGAACCUUUUGCACCUAGCGAUCUAAACGAUUUCAACAGUGCGCUACUAUACUGGGUUCUGAGUUACAAGUUUACUAAACCAAAUGGUAGCCCGCUCAAGUGCAAAGGCUACGUAUGCCGGUUGGCAGAUUCUGAAGAAGAUAUGGAGAACUCAAUUAAGGCCAAGAGACCCAGGUUCCUAGUCCUUUGUCAGAGAGAUUCUGACAUAGCUACAACUACUAAUGAUGAGCGUGAUGGAAGUGAAAAUAUGAAUCCGAUCAAGAGACAACAAACAGAGACAAAUGCUAGAAACUCUCAAGAAGCCCCUCGAAUCGCAGAUAAUGUCUCUAAUAGCCACUUGCUUAAUGGUUCAUUGGAAACCGAAUCAAAUGCAUCUGUAGACAGCUUGCCAGCAGAGACAGAUAAAGCAAGAAUCAAGAGCCUUGAGGCAGAACUGGCUAAUUUACGCAAGCAGCUGGACCAACGUGUUGCUUUUGAGGCUCGGAUAGAGAGGAUUGAGGAGGCUGUUAAAGUGAUUCCUUCUCUUCGUGAUGAUGUGAGAAAAGUAGGGUCUGAGGUCGAGACACUGAAAAGUCAAAUGUUGAUGAGGCCGCCUGCUUUUCCACCAGCUGGAUCAUCUCGGUCCAGUUCUACUCGGUCAGAGUUUAGUGCACCAAGAACUGACUUAGGACAUGGCAUCAGCAUUUUGAAUUCUGCGUACUCCAUGCUGGAUCUUGCUGACAAUAAGACAGCGUGGCAGAAAUCGCUGGUGUGUGGUGUUUACGGGCAGGAAGCCAAGAUGUACUGUGCUACUCUACACCACGGACAGCUGGCAAGAAGCAGUUUCCUCCUGCAUUCAUGGAGGCUGCCAGAGAAUUAUACGUCAAAUUUCUUGAUAGAACUAAUGUUUCUGAAGACGAGAAGCUCAAGAAAAUGACACAACUAGGGAGUGAUUUGGGCAAUGUAUGCGCAGCACUUUAUCGUUCUCCCUCAGGUAGUGUUGGAAGCAGCACGAAAAGGCGCCAACCAAGAAGUACUUCAACUUCAACAGAAGGGGAAGAAGCCCCAAAUGUGAUUUUGGAUCCGGCAACGGGAGAAAUUGUAGAUUCUGUAGAAUAAUCUGUAAGUUAGACCAAU